AUGAUAAUCAUCAGGCGCAUGCCCAAAGUAAAGCUCCUCGGAACAACAUUUUUUUUAAGCAAACCUACCCACUUCAAGUCCACUUAUUUUAUUGGCUCCUCGUCGCAUAGCCGCUGCUCCUACUGCACACGCAGAAAGGAAGAGGACGAGAGAGUAGCACCCAAACAAGAGGCAACUCACCAAAAGAAACAAAACUCGGAACACAAAACAAACGACAGAGAUGGCGACAUGUGGAGCUUUCUAGCCUUUGAAAAAAACAUCACAUUUUUUUCGGUCAAUUUUUAUAUUCUUCUUGCUGCUGUCCUGGCUUUGCAUUUUUACAACAAGGCGAACGAAGGUAACGGCAACAGUGAAGUGGAAGAAGCCAAGGAGCGAGAGCGCAAGAAUUUGCUCGAAAUGGAAAGGAAAAGAAAAAAAUUGGAAAACUGA